AUGAAAAUCCUCAUCACAGGAGCCGGCGGCUUCAUCGGGCAGUUCCUCGCCCGAGAACUGCUGUCCAACCCGGACAACAAAGUGGUGUUGACAGACAUCUUCGACGUGCCGGUGCCCAAGGGGGCGAAACACCCCGAGAAUGCCACCACCGUCAAGGCGGACCUCUUGAAGGACCGAAGCGUGGUCACGCCGGACCUGGACGCCGCGUACAUCUUCCACGGCAUCAUGUCGGCCGGUUCGGAAGCCAACUUCGACCUGGGCAUGAGCGUCAACCUGGAAUCGACGCGCCUGCUGCUCGAGACGAUCCGCCAAGUCCGCCCGGGCCUGCGCGUCAUCUACUCGUCCAGCGGCGCGGUCUACGGACGGCCUUUACCGGCUGUGAUCACCGAAGAUGUGCUGCCCACGCCCGAGGGCUCGUACGGGGCCGCGAAAUUCAUGUGCGAGAUCCUCAUCAACGACAUGACGCGCAAGGGCUUCAUCGACGCCUUCUGCAUCCGCUUCCCCACCGUGACCGUGCGGCCGGGCAAGCCCGCGCCCGCGGCGUCGGCGUUCAUCUCGGGCAUCAUCCGCGAGCCGCUGGCGGGCAAGGAGUGCGUGCUGCCCGUCAAGGACCGGGCGUUCCCUUCGCACGUCACGUCCCCUAAAACCUUGAUCCACAAUCUGGUCUACUGUCUCAGUUUGCCGUCGGACGCGCUGCCCUCGCACAAGCGGGUGAUCAACGCGCCCGGCCACGUCGUGACCAUCCAGGACAUGAUGGACGCGCUGGCAAAGGUCGGGGGCGAGGAUAAGCUGCAGUACGUUCGGGAGGAGCAUGACGAGCCCAUCGCCAAGAUCCUGUAUACCUGGGCGGUCACGUAUGAUAACUCGCUGGCCUAUAAGCUGGGGUUCAAGAAGCCCGACAGCUUCGAGCAGUCGGUGAGGGAGCAUAUCGAGUAUAUGGAGGAGCAGGAGAAAUUGGCAUAA